GAGCAUCCAGGAGGGUGGAAUAGGAUAAGUGCCAUGUUCAACUUGAUUAGGAACGUUGCAAGUUAUGCAGCGCCAGAGAAUUAUCAAGCAAUUGCGAAUGUGUAUAAUCGUGUCGCCGAGGCGUUCACCCCGUCAUCAUCGAAGGUUGAAAAAAUAAGUGCGAGUAAACUAAAUUCAUUAGCAAAAUGUGAUUCAUCAAUGGUUUUCUCGAUCUAUUCUGAGCGAACCGCCAGUCCGAUAUUCUAUGUGAUUUAUUUACCAAGAAUGUUGAUUGUGUUUCGAUCUCAAGUGAAAGCAGAUGCAGAUUUGAUACGUAGUUCAUUCUCAAAUCUCAGUAAACUUAUCAAUGCGUUAGAGAACCAUUCGGAAAGUGAUUUCGUGUCUAGAAUGGACCGAUUAAGAAAAUCUGUUGAGGAGAAUCCAUCGUUCGGUGUUAUUCAUCACGCGAGUGCUUGUGACUUUGCUGAUGCCAUCACCAAAAUUUGCUCACAAAGCGAUGCACAAGUAGUUGUGAAUGAGGCAUCAAUAGAUGGUCGAUUUCCACUGCAAAUAGCAGCNGAGGAGUCGCUUCGUGUUCUGAUUAGAUUUGGUGCCGAUUUAUCAAAACAAGACUCGAAACUUCGUAACGUUUUACAUUAUGCCGCAGAAAAAAGUCCCAAAGUGUUGCAAGUGAGUGUAGCGAUCAUUAUGAGCACGUCGGAUCGAUUCGAAAUAGCAAUGAAUCAAAUUGAUGAGGAUGGUAUGACACCGUUAUGUAAAGCCAUCCAAGCAUCACAGAUCGACUCUGUUAAGCUGCUGCUUGAUUCGGGUUGCUCUAAAGGUCCUUUCCCAGCCGGACCAAUUGCAGCCAUCUUAACACUCGCUGAUAAUUCAUCAAAUCGUUUACCUGAACUGGUCGACACCAUAGCGAAGAGAUGUCCUAACUUUCUGUUCGAACGAAUACAUGGAACAUCGACCAUAUUACAUGAAGAAAUGGAUAAAGCGCUUUUGUAUCACAUAUUAGAGGGUGUUGGCCAAACGUUGGACGUGAACGUGCGUGAUGGUUUGAAACAAACACCGUUGCAUUGCGCAGUGCGAAGAGGUAGUCUUGAGCAAACGAUCGCUCUUCUAGCGUUUGGAUGCGAUGUGAAUGCUGUCGAUGAAGAUGGCGAUACUGCGUUGCAUAUCGCCAUACAGGUAUGUACACUUGAUUACGGAUCGCUUUUGCACACAAUUUUGAUCAUUCAUUCGUGGAUUUUGAAGUAG